CUUCCCUCCUCCCACCGCCGCCUCCGCCCCUCCUCUCGAGCCGCAGCGCCUCCCCGCACCGAAGGGCUCCCUCCCAUGGCGCCGACGUCGAAGCUGUCGCAGGGCAUCAAGCGGGCGUCGCGCUCGCACACCUACCACCGCCGCGGGCUGUGGGCCAUCAAGGCCAAGCACGGCGGCGCCUUCCCCAAGGCCGAGAAGCCCGCCGCCGCCGCCGAGCCCAAGUUCUACCCCGCCGACGACGCCAAGCCCCGCACGCCCAGCACCCGCAAGGCCAACCCGACCAAGCUCAGGUCGACCAUUACGCCCGGGACGGUGCUGAUCAUGCUCGCGGGGAGGUACAUGGGGAAGCGCGUGGUGUUCCUGAAGCAGCUCAAGUCCGGCCUGCUCCUCAUCACCGGACCUUUUAAGGUCAAUGGCGUUCCCAUCCGCCGUGUGAACCAGGCCUAUGUCAUUGCCACAUCCACGAAGGUUGACAUCUCUGGUGUUAAGGUGGAUAAGUUUGAUGACAAGUACUUUGCCCGGGACAAGAAGGCAAAGGCCAAGAAGACUGAGGGUGAACUUUUUGAGACUGAGAAGGAGGCCACCAAGAAUCUGCCCGACUUCAAGAAGGAUGACCAGAAGGCAUUGGAUGCUGAAUUGAUCAAGGCUAUUGAGGCUGUCCCAGACCUGAAAACCUAUCUUGGUGCCCGGUUCUCUCUGAGAGACGGCGACAAGCCCCAUGAGAUGCAAUUCUAAGUUAGCUGGUACAAGUUCCAAUUUCUGAGGAAGUCUUUUUGCCUAGUGUGUUUCUGUACUUCUGAAUUUUGUGCCCGGGUAGUGAACUCUCUCCAUUUCUGUUGAAGUCUGCCUGCCAAAUAUUAUGAGAAGAUUAAGAGAAGGAUUAUCUGCUUUGGUGGUUCAUGGUUACCCGUACCUACUCAAUGUGCAAUGCAUAACAUUUGAGCCAUACUUAAGCUAUUCACCUUGCUAGUAA